UAAAGCGCUACAUUAUCGUGAUAUUUUACUUUCACACACACGAUCCGGAUUAUGAGCUCCGCCUGCACAGAGAGCCGUUCUGUGCAGCCUCAGCCUUUGUUUUUGGGCUCUUAUUUUAGCAUGGGACACACUUUUUAGCCUGUGUUGUAAUGAAAACUAAAGAAGUUAACAUCAUUUAGCUUCUCUGACCAACUGUUGAGCUGCUGUCACCAGCUCAGCUUGUGCUGCAGUGACUGACUGUCUGAGCAGACAACAUGUCAACAUGUUGUUGUUGUUUUCCCCUUUGAGCCAAGAGGUAAACACAGGUCAGAACCAGGGAAACAUAAACACAGGAAAUGCGAGCGUCCCCUUAGCGCUCAGCCGUCAAAGCCUGUGAUUGUUCGCCCGGGCUCCAAAAGGUGAUUGACGCUCAGAAAAGGGACAUUGUUAGCAUCUACUGGACACAAGGGGCACUGUCCUCUGAUUGGCUCGGACAACCCCCUCUGACAUGCCCGUGGCCAAUCAGAGGUGUGUUAUGUCGGGGGCAGAUGUGGAGGUGUACCUGUCCCAGGUGCAUGAUGGGAGUGUGUCGUCGGGCUUCCGGGCCCUGUACGAGGAGCGUCUGCUGCUGGACGUCACGCUGCUGAUAGAGGAGCACCACUUCCAGGCCCACAAGGCGCUCCUGGCCACCCAGAGCGACUACUUCCGGGUGAUGUUCACAGCGGACAUGAGGGAGAGGGACCAGGACAAGAUCCACAUGAAGGGGCUGACGGCUGCUGGGUUCGGCCACAUCCUGCGCUUCAUGUACUACGGCUCCCUGGAGCUCAGCAUGCCCACCGUCCAGGAGAUCCUCCAGGCCGCCAUGUACGUCCAGCUGACGGAGGCGGUGGAGUUCUGCUGCUCCUUCCUGCUGGCCAAGAUCUGCCUGGAGAACUGUGCCGAGGUGAUGCGUCUCCUGGAGGACUUCAGCGUGGGCGUGGAGGGCGUCCAGGAGCAGCUCGACAACUUCCUGCUCGACAACUUCGUCCCCCUCAUGAGCCGAGCCGACUUCCUGUCCUACCUCAGCCUGGAGAGACUGCAGGCGUACCUGAACAGCGACGCUCUGAGUCGGUUCCCAGAGAUCGAGCUGUAUGAAGCCGUCCAGUCGUGGCUGAGACACGACCGGCGGCGCUGGAGGCACACAGACACCAUCGUCCAGUCCAUCCGCUUCUGCCUCAUGACGCCUGCCAACAUCUUCGAGAAGGUGAAGACGUCAGAGUUCUACCGUUACUCCAGGCAGCUGAGGCAGGAGGUGGAUCAGGCGCUCAGCUACUUCCACGACGUCAACCAGCAGCCUCUGGUGGAGACGCGCUCCAACCGGAUCCGCUCGGUGCGCCCGCAGACCGCCGUCUUCAGGGGGAUGAUCGGCCACAGCAUGGUCAACAGCAAGAUCCUGCUGCUGCAGCGGCCAAAGUCCUGCAUCUCUGUGGAAUCAGCACAAUCAUGGAUCAAAGUGUGGUGGGAGCUGGAGGGACCUCAGGUGCCGCUGCGACCCGACUGCCUGGCCAUCGUUAACAACUUCGCCUUCCUGUUGGGCGGCGAGGAGCUCGGCCCCGACGGGGAGUUCCACGCCUCCUCCAAAGUCUACCGCUACGACCCCCGACAGAACUCCUGGCUGCGCAUGGCCGACAUGUCUGUUCCCAGGUCAGAGUUUGCUGUCGGCGUCAUCGGCAAGUUCAUCUACGCCGUCGCUGGCCGCACGCGAGACGAGACCUUCUACUCCACGGAGCGCUACGACAUCACGGAGGACCGCUGGGAGUUCGUGGACCCGUAUCCUGUCAACAAGUACGGCCACGAGGGGACGGUCCUCAACGGGAAACUCUACAUCACCGGCGGCAUCACCUCCUCCUCCACCUCCAAACAGGUGUGUGUGUUCGACCCGGGGCGGGAGGCGGGGGGAGGAGGGGGAGGGGGAGGUGGCGGGGGAGGAGGAGGAGGAGGAGGAGGAGGAGGGGGAGGAGGGAGCUCGGGCGGGUCGGACGCACACAGGACACGCCCCGGCCGCGGCCCGCUGCUGCCCGGCACCCACGCCAGCUGCUGGGAGAACAAAUCCAAAAUGAACUACGCACGCUGCUUCCACAAGAUGAUCUCCCACAACGGGAAGCUGUACGUGUUCGGAGGCGUGUGCGUGAUCCUGCGGGCGUCCUUCGAGUCGCAGGGCUGCCCGUCCACCGAGGUGUACGACCCCGACACCGACGAGUGGACCAUCCUGGCCUCCAUGCCCAUCGGGCGCAGCGGCCACGGGGUGGCGGUGCUGGACAGGCAGAUCAUGGUGCUGGGCGGCUUGUGUUACAACGGCCACUACAGUGACUCCAUCCUCACCUUCGACCCCGACGAGAACAAGUGGAAGGAGGACGAGUAUCCCAGGAUGCCUUGCAAACUGGACGGUCUGCAGGUGUGCAGCCUGCACUUCCCAGAGUACGUGCUGGAGCACGUGAGACGCUGCAGCUGAGGUCGGCUGCACCGCGCGCGCCUCCUUUUUAUAGAGACGGGAACGCACUGUUCACGGCCUGAAGUCUCCCGCCGGGGGAGCCGGCGUUCACAGGCGGGAGACUCGAUGCUGCGCAGGCUUUUAACUAGAGACCAGCACUCACGGCGAGGCGAGGCGAGGAGGAGGAGGAGG